AAUUUUUUCUCUCUAGCACUUUCAGACUCCCAGAGCUAACAGCCGCAGCAGCAGCACAAGAAGAAGAAAGGAUCUACCAGAAGUUUGCAGUAAAGAAGAUUAGCAAGGAUGGUGAGGAUCAGUGUUUUGAAUGAUGCUCUUAAAAGCAUGUACAAUGCUGAGAAGCGAGGAAAGAGACAGGUCAUGAUCAGACCUUCCUCAAAAGUUAUCAUCAAGUUCCUCAUGGUUAUGCAGAAGCAUGGUUACAUUGGUGAGUUCGAGUACGUUGAUGACCACAGGUCAGGCAAAAUUGUUGUUGAACUGAACGGUAGACUUAACAAGUGUGGUGUUAUCAGUCCCCGUUUUGAUGUUGGUGUGAAGGAGAUCGAGCCAUGGACUGCAAGGUUGUUGCCUUCUAGACAGUUCGGUUACAUCGUGCUUACUACAUCUGCUGGUAUCAUGGACCACGAAGAGGCAAGGAGGAAGAAUGUUGGUGGUAAAGUACUUGGUUUCUUUUAUUGAGCAAAGAAAUUUUGUUGAGGAUGGGGUUUGGAAUUUUGAUGCUGGGGUUAUAGUUGAGAAGCUUUUCUUGUUUCUCGUAACUUUUGGGUUACUUUCUAUUCAAUAUGUUUUGGUUUUGUUUCAUUUCAAGUUGACUGGAGUGUUGUUAGACGCCAAUUGUAGAAGGAGAAAUAUGAAUGUUUUGGAAUGUUUAUUUUGAAAGUUCUUAACUAUUUGGAUCAAGUGUGGUUAGUUUGUCUGAUCCAUGGUUUCU